UACAUACAGUUUUUUUCAUAGGUUAAUUUUGCAAAAAAAGGGGUGCAACACGAGGACUUCCCACAAGUCACCCAUCCUAGGACUACUCUCUCCCAAGCACGCUUAAUUACAGAGUUGUGAUGGGAUCUGGUAUAUUAGUGCUGGUAUAAUCGCACCCAAGUACAUACCAUUGAAACUGUUUUAAGACUUGAUAAUUAUAACUAGUCAUGAAGGAACUAGGAGGCAAAAGAAUGGCUGUUUUGGUAGGGUGCAAUUACCCAAAUACAGAAUAUGAGUUACAAGGUUGCAUCAACGACGUACUCGCCAUGAAAAAGAUGCUUAUUAAGAGGUUUGGGUUCGAAGAAAACGAUAUUGAGCUACUAACUGACGCACACGACUCUUCGAUUUCGCCUACCGGUGCUAAUAUUAAGAAGGCACUUGGUGAUAUGGUUGAUCGAGCUGAGGAAGGUGAUGUGCUUUACUUCCAUUAUAGUGGUCAUGGGACAUUGAUUCCUUCUUUGAAGCCAAAUGAGACUCAUAGGAAGGAUGAAGCUAUAGUGCCUUGUGAUUUUAAUCUCAUCACAGAUAUAGAUUUCAGGCAACUUGUAAACAAGUUACCUCCCAAAACAAGCUUCACAAUUCUUUCAGACUCAUGCCACAGUGGAGGCCUAAUAGACCAAGAGAAGGAGCAAAUUGGGCCUUUAGCAACAACAUCAAAGGCCCAAAACCACUCUUUUCGGGCCAGGCUCAUCACAUAUGACCAAGUCCUCCAAAAGCUCAAGCAACUCACAAACAUAGACACCCAAAACAUUAGCACACACAUCAAACAACACUUCAAGGACCAAGCUAGCCUUAGCUUCUCCCUCAAUGAAGCUGAUCAAGACCACAUAGGCCACCUCGAACGAGCAACCAAGGGCGAUUGUGGAAUUUUACUUAGCGGAUGCCAAUCGAACGAGACCUCAGCAGACGUAAACUUGGAAGACAAAGGUGGUACCGCCCAUGGCGCAUUUAGCAAUGCAGUUCAGGAUGUGUUGAUGCAAAAUGUGGGAAGGCUUAGCAAUAAAGAGGUGGUGAAUAUGGCUAGGAAUGUGUUGCAAAAACAAGGACAUAAACAACGUCCUUGUUUGUAUUGUAGUGAUGAGAAUUCUGAAGCUACUUUCUUGUUGCAACCAUAGGGAUAUCUUUGCUAGUCUGAGAUAACCAACCAUAACAUAUUGUUAUCAUUUAUUAAGUGCUCACCAUUUUAUAAAAAGAUUUGUAAUCAACUACUAUGACAUUACUUAUUGCACAAAUAUGAUGUCUUUGAUGAAUAUAAAGGGUCACCUUGUAUAUUUGUUACUCUCUCCCUUCCAAUGACUUUUUCUCUCUCCUCGUUACUCUCUCCCUCCCUGUGACUUCUCUUCUCAUUGGUGGAGUGGUGGGACAGUACUGGAGAAGUGGGACAUUGGUGGUGGAGUGGGAU